UUUGUGUGGCAGGUCGAGAAAACAGACAGCUUGGAGAGGACCAAAGAAAUAUAGAUAAUAUCGGAUACUUGGAGAGAGGAGGAUUACCUCGUGGGGUUCCCAUGGACGACAUACCUUGCGGAACAGGUUACUCAUUAUGGAAACCACCUGGCAGUAAUUAUUUUCCGCGUGGUGAAGCGCCUCCGCCCUAUGAGGAAGCGAUCGCGGCUGCGAGGGCGGAACAGGCAUUGUUAUCAAUUAAUCCGCAUGCAUUACUGUCGAUGAACUUCUCGGACAGUUACAUGCCAAAUUCUAACAAUCAUGCGAGCGUGACCGUUGUCACGGACACGCGAAAUAAUUUGACCGUAAACACGCAGGCGUCAUCUAAUGAUAGUAAUGUACAAACACCAUUGAUAUCUUCGUCUAAUAGACUGCUGUCUAGUCCCAGUGCAUAUGCUGGUGGUUAUCGACCAAUAAGCCAAAACAGUGCAUCAUCCACCAUCGGUCUGAAUACAAGCACUUCCACCGCAAGUUUCACAAUAGGGACAAACACGUACGAGAAUCUACCAGUCUCGUCGAUCGCUAUAACGAGUUUCAAUGAUAGCCAACAUUCCGCAGUGACAAGCACUAACACGCAGCCGCUAUUACCGACAUCGCAUUCCACUAUACCUAAGAAUUAUCGCCAGCACACAACGAUAUUUCCACGGCAGAGCGGCGGUGAUGGCGACAACGGCGGCGCGUUUACAAUAUCGGCAACUCUGUCGAAUUCGGACGAAUUCUCCCAUCGAACGAUACCGCGAACGUUAACUUGCGUUGCCAGCAGAUCAAAGGAUGUUUUAACUGAUUGCUCAGCGAGGGAUUAUCUCCGUUUGUCGCCGAGCAGCAUUGCGGCGCCCCAAAUCCUGUCACGUCCUAUACAGCUGUCUACAGCCACAGUUGUAGCCUCGGGCAAUUACAAAAGUACCAAAAAUUCAGAUCCGUUUUACACGGAUGCUCCUGUGACAUCCAGUUUGGCGCAAUCGGAAACAUACACCGCAGAUACGGCAAAUGUAUCCGAGCGGUCUCGGGAAUACACGCCUUCGUUAAGCAUAGCUAACGAAAUCAAUGCAAGCGGCAGCUUUGAGUCGGUGACGUGUACCUGCAGUAUACAAGCAUUACCCACGCUGAACGACGACACGGACGAUUAUCGAAGCGAGUGCGAGAACUGUAAGAGCGCGACGGGUUCUCGUUAUUACUUAGAUAACGAAGAUGAGCUUGUUACAUCACUUCACGAAACUAUGACGUUGCACAGAAGGCCGGAUGAAGCGACAUCAAGUGCUACACCACAGUAUUAUAGAACUUCACUUACACUGCCGACGAGUACACGCCAACGUACAAGGAUUACCGGAGCUCGUGAAAAUUGGUUCAAUACUAUGCCAGAAAGUUCUAGCGGUUCUUCAGACGAAAAUUAAAUAUUACGAAAAAAAAUACAGGAAAAUGUUCAAGUAAGCAAAUAAAAUUAUACAU